ACAAUAUCAACGCUUUAUAAAUAUAAACGUGAAAUGAUUCAACCAGCCACAUUAAUCGAUUAGAUAAUUGGGGUUCAGAAACUAAAAGCUAGCGAUAAGCAAAUCGACACCAAUAACUGAUAAGCCCGUGCUUAAACAUUAAAGCAACUGCAAUAGGCUUCCCUCCGUGCAUAUUGGGCUCGUUUCGUUGCGUCAACGUCAGCCAUGAAUUUCCUGCUGCGUUUCAUAAUCUUUUGCUUUGAUCCGCUCGGCAUUGGACGACGCUUCUUGGUGAAACCGGCUGUCAAUUUGUCACUCAAUGUCUACGAUCGUCUACGGAGCAAGGCAGAUGAAAAAGUUGGCUCCAUAAGGGAGGUGGUGCUGCGCGUCGGGUUGAUUGCAUUUGCUGUUAUAUUAAUAAUCUGGCUGGCUGUGUUCCUGUACGUGGCUUUCUAUUAUAGCUACAUGCCGGCCUUAUCACAUACCCGACCCGUCCACAUGCAGUUCAAAACCUGCUUGGAAACGAGUUCGCCCUGCAGCUUUCCACACGCCCAUGUCUCGCUGACCAAGAAGCAGCAACUCUUAAUGGUCGGUCAAGCCUAUAGGGUCAUUGUUAACAUAGAUAUGCCCGAAUCGCCGCAGAAUCUGGAGCUAGGCAUGUUCAUGGUAUGUGCUGAGAUGCGCGACUACGACUCUAUGCUGCGUGGACACUCGUGUCGCUCGGCUAUGAUGCGUUACCACUCGCCUCUGAUACGUCUGAUCACUACCUGGGCGUUGAGUCCACUCUACGUGCUCGGCUGGAAGGAGGAAUUCCAACAGGUGCCCGUUGAGAUAUUCUCGCGGUAUCUGGAGGAGCGCCAGCACCCGAUUACCGAUGUCUACGUCGAGAUACAGUCACAAAAAAUACAAUUCUAUACGGUAACAUUGCAUAUCGUGGCCGACUUCACAGGUUUACGCUAUAUAAUGUUCAACUGGCCCGUCCUCUCGGCCGUUGUGGCCAUUAGCACCAACCUAUUCUUUAUAUUGGUCAUAUUUUUGCUGAGCUGGUAUCAUUGGUCUUGGCCAGAGGCCAGUUGGCUGCAGGCAUUGCAAACCAAAUACACUAGUCUGCAGCGCAGGACGAGCGCCAGCAGUGCGGUGCUUUCUAGUAAAAGCAGCCUACACGAUGAGGAGGAACUCUCCGAGUUUAUCGACGAUGAAAAGUUCGAAAGUCCACUGGAGGUGGCCGAUAUUGGCAGCUCUGGUGAGGAUAAAGGUGUUUCAGUCUUACGAAAGCGUAAGCUCAAAGAAGCGGCAGCCACUCAGAAGGAUUCAUAAGCAAGGGAGGCAGCUCAUAUGUAGAAAGACUUUUGUAGUACUGUAGUUUAAGGCUAGCUUUUAGGAGCAAUAAGUGUGUGCGUUGUACAAUAGAAAUUUUUUGUACAUUUAUUUUUUAACUUACGCCGAUUCUACUAGUAUACAAUAUACGCAAAUGUUAUGUACUUUAUACGUACAUUUGUAUGUACAUACAUAUUUGUACAUAUGUAAAAA